UAGUCAGCAGUCAUUGGGGCUGAGCGUGUCUUCAUGGCGGAGUGACGACAACUUCAAGCCCGCGUGUUGACUCGGACAUUACGCGAAGGGGGCGACGCGACGCGGGACGUGACCGACCGACCGACUUCUUUCCCCACGUCCUUUACGCCUUCUUAGGACGGCGGCUCGUGGAAUUCCUCCAGGCCGACAGGAAGCAGGCGAGUGGGGCUGCGAGGGCUGCGAGGGCUGCGAGGGCUGCCUCGUCGACUAAACUAUGUUGGCUUGGAUGAAUUAUUGACCACCACUGGGGUCCGAGCUUCGCCCCUGGCAGCGGGGCGACAAGUAACAUUUAGCUGCUGUGUGCUGCUCAUGUUGGGGGAGGAGAAGUUAGAGAGCGACCCCCUCCACCGACCCUUUUUUAUGACUGCCUCCAUUUUCCCUGCUAGCUCAUCAGGAGUUAUGUACAAAUCAUCAAUCUACCUCAAGCAAGUGGCCUCCACCUCCACUGGAAGGUGCUGAUGCUCCAAGCAAGUGACCUCCACCUCCACCUCCACUGUAAGGUGCUGAUGCUCCAAGCAAGUGACCUCCACACAGGUGUGUCCACCUCCACUGUAAGGUGCUGAUGCUCCAAGCAAGUGGCCUCCACACAGGUGUGUCCACCUCCACUGUAAGGCGUUUGUGCUGACACCGCAGAUGGCUUCCUUCCCGGACUCGGACCUGCAGACGUGUCCCCUCUGCAAGGAGCUGUGCGGCUCCUCCGCUCCCAUUUCCUCCAGCUCCUCCACCUCCUCCUCCUCCUCGCACACCUCCUCCUCCAGCCAGACCAGCAGGAGACUCCACGUCCUGCCGUGCCUCCACGUCUUCUGCAGGCAGUGCCUGGAGGGCCAGCGUUGCCCCGGCGACCCCCUCAAGCUGCGCUGCCCCACCUGCGACCAGAAGGCGUCCAUCUCCGAGGCCGGGGUGGACUCCCUGCCUUCCUCCAACUUCCUCUUCAGCAACCUGUUGGACGUGGUGGUGAACACGGAGGAGCAGAUCCAGAACAAGAACGGCCACCACCAUAAUGUGGGCUUAGGCUCCUCUGGCUUCCAUCACACCCCCGGAGGCCUCCUGCACCCUCACCUCAUGGGAGAGCCUCAGUGCAGCUCCUGCGACGAGGAGAACCUGGCCACCUCCCACUGCCUGGACUGCCAGGAGUACCUGUGCGACAACUGUGUGCGUGCCCACCAGCGGGUCAGGCUGACCAAGGACCACUUCAUGGAGAGACUAGGAGACAACCUCCACUUGAGCCGAGUCAACAGCAACCCCAGCCAGUCGGUGUCGCUCGCUCAGUCCCUGCAGAACAACUUUGCACUGCUGUCCCUCUUCCAGGAUCACAUGAACUUCUGCCAACACCACGACAACCAGGUGUUCCUCUUCUUCUGCGAGAGCUGCGCCAUGCCCAUCUGCAGGGAGUGCAGCAUGGGCCGUCACCUGGGCCACACCUUUGUUUACCUCCAAGAUGCCGUGCAGGACUGCAGGGCCGUCACCAUCCAGCUGCUGGCAGACGCACAGAAGGGACGACAGGCCGUGCAGCUGAGCAUGGAGAAGGUCCAGGCCAUGGCGGAGCAGGUGGAGAUGAAGGCUAAGGUGGUGCAGAGCGAGGUGAAGGCCCUGGUCCUCAGACACAAGAAAGCACUGGAGGAGAGAGAGUGUCAACUACUGUGGAAGUUGGAGAAGAUCCGGCAGGUGAAGGCCAAGUCGCUGUAUCUUCAGGUGGAGAAACUGCACCAGAGUCUCAGCAAGUUGGACAGCACCAUCGCCGCCGUCAGCCAGGUUCUGGACGAGGGACGCCACAUCGACGUGCUGCUGGCGCGGGAGAGAAUGCUGACUCAGAUCCAUGAGCUGAAGGCCCUGAGGGCCCUGAUGCAGCCGCAGGAGGACGACCGCUUCAUGUUCACACCUCCGGACCAGGCGCUCUACAUAGCCAUCCAGUCCAUGGGCCUGAUCAGCAGUGGCGCCUUCGCCCCGGUCACCAAAGCCCACGGCGACGGUCUGAAAAGUGCGCUUCAGGGCAAGCACGCCUCCUUUACUGUGAUGGGAUACGACCACGACGGGGAGCCGCGUCUGUCCGGCGGUGACGUCGUGUCCGCCGUCGUCAUGUCCGUCUCCGACAGCACCGUGUCCACCGUCGACAUCAGCGACCACCACAACGGCUCGUACACCGUCAGCUACGUGGCCAAAUGUGAGGGCGAGCACCUGGUGUCCGUGCUGGUGUGCAACCAGCACAUCCAGGGCAGCCCCUUCAAGGUGUUUGUCAAGUCAGGACGCAGCUACGGAUCCCUCGGCGCACAGGUGUCCUCCUUCGGCGCCGAGGGCGAAGGCGACGGUCAGCUGUGUCGUCCCUGGGGAAUCAGCGUGGACAAGGAGGGUUAUGUGGUGGUGGCGGACCGCAGCAACAACCGCAUACAGAUAUUCAAGCCCUGUGGCGCAUUCCACUACAAGUUUGGCUCGCUGGGGUCCCGACCGGGUCAGUUUGACCGCCCGGCCGGGGUGGCAUGUGACAGCCAGAGACGAGUCAUUGUGGCCGACAAGGACAAUCACCGUGUGCAGGUGUUUACGUUUGAGGGCCAGUUCCUUCUAAAGUUUGGGGAGAAGGGGACCAAGAACGGGCAGUUCAACUACCCCUGGGACGUGGCUGUCAACUCUGAGGGUAAGAUCUUGGUCUCAGACACCAGGAACCACCGCGUGCAGCUCUUUUCCCCCGACGGCUCUUUCCUCAACAAGUACGGCUUUGAGGGGGCUCUGUGGAAACACUUUGACUCCCCGAGAGGCGUGGCCUUCAACCACGAGGACCACCUGGUGGUGACCGACUUCAACAACCACCGGCUCCUGGUCAUCCGGCCGGACUGCCAAUCGGCUCGCUUUCUGGGCUCCGAGGGCAUUGGUAACGGUCAGUUCCUGAGGCCUCAGGGCGUGGCUGUGGACCAGGAGAACCGCAUCAUUGUGGCAGACUCGCGCAAUCACCGCGUGCAAGUCUUUGAGCCCAAUGGCAACUUUUUAUGCAAAUCUGGAACGCAGGGGAGUGGCUUUGGACAGAUGGACCGCCCUUCUGGCGUGGCCGUGACGCCGGACGGAGUCAUCGUGGUUGUUGACUUUGGGAACAAUCGGAUCCUCAAAUUCUAGGGGGAACAAACCCAAGGUUCUCUCCCUCUGUUUCACCGUUUUCUGAAGGAAACGGAGGCCAGAGAAUGAAUCAGAAAACUGGAGGAGAGCUGAAAGAGGACUUGAGAGCAGGUCGAUGAGAAGGAAAUGAGCUCACAUUCUGAUUGAUUGACCAAAGGGAAUCUACCAUAACAUUUUCCUUUCCUCUUUCUCAGCUGCUCUCAAUUCUCUGGAAGCUCUCCUCAAGAAUCCUUCUCAGGGAAUUUCUCACUUUUCUUGAACGCUGGUAAGCUCUCUGCUCCACACCUACCUCAUGUAGCUCUUUAUGAAUGUCACUGAGCAGAGGUUUAUUAGUCAAGAAGUCUACCUCUAUACUUUAUUUAAGAGAGACACAAAAAGAUUCUUUGUUUUUUCUUCUUGCACAGGAUUAAUGGAAUUCUUGCUGUGCUAUUGUUUGACUCUGAGUUAAGUGAACCUCCUGAAUGUUGUUGCUGAGACCGCUGCAUUAUUCAUUCUCAGUAGAAGGCUUUGCUCGGACACGUACACUCGUCCUUUUCUUGUUGUUGCCCAGCCAGAAAAAUCCAUAGCUCAGGUUAUAGUUGGGCUGAUAAGAACCGAGGAAGGCUUUUCAGGCCCUCCUAUUUAGCUUUACCGCCUCGCUGAUUAGAUGCGUUCUUGGAGGACCAAUCACUUUUACUGUCCUCACCACCCCGUUGCAUCUGGUCAGACUGGACCCAUGAGGCCUAAAGAUGCAGUUCUGAACCACAAGGAUGCAAAGAGUAGUAUGCAAGGGUCUCCUCGGAAAAGUGAGGAGCCAUGUGAUGCAUUUGUGGAGAUCUAUUAGUGAUCUUAACGUAGAGAUUUAAUCGUAGAGUCCAUGUCCCCCCUGAGGCAUGCUGUGUGACAAAAGCCUCAAGUCCACGGUCCGGAGGACAAAAAGAACACCACCACUUUGCAAUCCUUUGGAUGGCGUGGUGGAAUAGCCACCCCUAUAGGGCGAUUGGACCUGACCGCAAAGCCACGCCCACCCCAAUUUAUUAUAAACGCUCGGGUUAUCGCACCCGGCGCUAGUAGACCGAUCCUCUAAAGAUGGAGGUCUAUAGAGUCAACCAAAGUUAGAAUAUCUGCACAGGCCAACUAUAUAUAUAUAUAUAUAUGAAUAUAUAUCUAAAGAGAAAAGUCAGGUAGUUAAAUAAUCAUUGCUGGCAUAACUCAUGGAGUUGAUAGUGCUGUUGGAGAAAAUAAGAUCCUUUUUUCUCUCCACCUAGAGAACCAAAGAGAAGCCCAUUGCAGUAUCCGCCGAGCUCACUGCCCCGUCUUUUGUACAACAAUCCAGAACUGUAACCCAGAACGGCAGUAGCCCAGAAUGGCUUUAGCAACCCAUAACUGUUGUAACCCAAAACUGUAGUAACCCAAAACUGUAGUAGCCCAAAACUGUAGUAGCCCAUAACUGUAGUAGCCCAUAAUUGUAGUAGCCCAUAAUUGUAGUGGCCCAUAAUUGUAGUAACCCCUUAACAGCAGUAAUCCAUAACUGUAGUAGCCCAUAAUUGUAGUAGCCCCUUAACAGCAGUAGCCCAUAAUUGUAGUAGUCCAUAAUUGUAGUAGCCCAUAAUUAAAGUAGCCAAUAACUGUAGUAGCCCAUAAUUGUAGUAGCCCAUAAUUGUAGUAGCCCAUAAUUGUAGUAGCCCAUAAUUAAAGUAGCCAAUAACUGUAGUAACCCAUAAUUGUAGUAGCUCAUAAUUGUAGUAGCCCAUAAUUGUAGUAGCCCAUAAUUGUAGUAGCCCAUAAACGUGGGCUUCAAUCUGCACCCCACUUGAAGGCACUGGACAAGUGAAGUUCCAGCAAAAGAAAAUGUGGAAAUAUUCCUCUCCUCUGAGAAGGAACCAUCUGGACCUACAUUCUCCAUCAGCUAGGAAUGAAACUGUUACCUAGCACUGCCUUCAGUGUCUCUGCAGCAGUGUUACCUAGCACUGCCUUCAGUGUCUCUGCAGUAGUGUUACCUAGCACUUCCUUCAGUGUAUCUGCAGUAGUGUUACCUAGCACUUCCUUCAGUGUAUCUGCAGUAGUGUUACCUAGCACUGCCUUCAGUAUCACUGCAGUAGUGUUACCUAGCACUGCCUUAGUCCUCUUCCACUACCUCUGUGGUCACAUGACUGCUGCCUGAGGACACCACACAGGUGCUCACCCUUCCUCUGCCUCUUGGAGGUGUGUCCUCUCAUGCGGCCCACUUUCUCCAUUUGAGAGUUCACCUUUGAAGGCCACUCCACUAGUGUCCACCCGAUCAGUGGGUCUUUACCUCAACUUUUACAUUCACCUGAUCAGUGGGUCUUUACCUCAACUUUUACCUUCACCUGAUCAGUGGGUCUUUACCUCAACAUUUACCUUCACCUGAUCAGUGGGUCUUUACCUCAACAUUUACCUUCACCUGAUCAGUGGGUCUUUACCUCAACUUUUACUUUCACCUGAUCAGUGGGUCUUUACCUCAACUUUUACCUUCACCUGAUCAGUGGGUCUUUACCUCAACAUUUACCUUCACCUGAUCAGCGGGUCUUUACCUCAACUUUUACCUUCACCUGAUCAGUGGGUCUUUACCUCAACUUUUACCUUCACCUGAUCAGUGGGUCUUCACCUCAAAUUACCUCAACAUUUACCUCAAACCACUUUCGAAUACCUCAUUUUGACUUGAGUGUUGUUUCCUAUGUUCACAUACCUCAUCGGAUGUUUACACAUCACAGAUAUACCUCAUUACAUCAUACAUAAGUUGAUAUACCUCAUUACAUCAUACAUAAGUUGAUAUACCUCAUUACAUCAUACAUCACAAGUUGAUAUACCUCAUUACAUCAUACAUAAGUUGAUAUACCUCAUUACAUCAUACAUCACAAGUUGAUAUACCUCAUUACAUCAUACAUCACAAGUUGAUAUACCUCAUUCUUUUCACCGUGCAGGACCAAAGAUGGUGGCAGCGUUUUAAAAAGGCGGUGUUGUGGUCCAUCAGCAGUU